AUCAACUCAGUUGUCACUUGUCAGACUUGAUUUGUAAAUAUAUAAUAAAGUGCGUGUAAAUUUUUCUGCAUAAUAUUUGAUACAGCUUAAUAUUUGAAUUAUUGUUUACCAAUUGUGAAAAUGAGUACUGCAGAAGCUUCGUCAGCAGAAACUCAGAUGACAUUUGCUGAAAAGCAAGCUGAGAGAAUGAAGCGUUUACGUUCAUUGCAUUCAGCUAGAAAUGAAGCAAGGACGCAUAAUCAUCAAGAAGUCGUUGCCGAGGAGGCUAGGAAUAAACUACCAGCGAAUUAUGAUGCCAAGAAAAGACAAGCAGAGUGGCUCUUAGAAGAUCAAAAUAAAAGAGAAGAAGCCACAAAACAUGGUAAGGAUUAUGAUCGAGUGAAACUGUUAAGCAUAUCUGCAGUUGAAGCUGAAAGACUCGAACGAAAAAAGAAGAAAAAGAACCCAGACCAGGGUUUUUCUACUUACGAACAGGCCACCGUACGACAGUACAAUAGGCUCGUUAAGAAUAUGCCCACAAUGGAUCCAGAACACUACGAAAAACAGAAGGAAAAAUAUGGCGAUGCAUUUUACGGCGGACAGAACGUGAUUAUACACGGUAUGCAUGAAGACCGUAAAGAAGCAAUAGACAAAAUGGUUAAUGAUAUAGAGGGACAAAUAGCAAAACGGGCGAAAUACUCAAGGAGACGUACACAUAAUGAUGAUGCUGAUAUUGAUUACAUUAAUGAGAGGAAUGCCAAAUUUAACAAGAAGUUGGAGAGAUUUUAUGGGGAACACACAGCUGAAAUCAAACAGAAUCUUGAAAGAGGUACAGCUAUAUAAUUUAGUAUUACAUGAAACUCUCCAAAAAAUGGCACACCUUAAGGACGCAUAUUGUCUUAAAAUAUGUGAAUGUCUCAGAAAGAAAAUAUAUUUAAAUACUAGACACCUUUUUGUGUAUUGUGACUUACAAAUUGAAUAAAAUGAUUUUAUAUA